AAACCCGUGUGACACUGUAGACGAAAGCUGCCCGCUGAGUUGUUUCAUCAUUUCAUAAUUGACUUCCUAAAUUUGGUCGCAUGUUUUCAUGUUUUUUUUUCUUUCUUUCCUUCAAGACUAUCGGAAGUGCUCACUCAUUGAAAGGGAAAAGUUUAAGAGACCUGCCGGCCGGCAGCUUAAAGCAUCUCCAGUACGACGGAGUUGGAAGAUGGCCUUGACUUGGAAGCAAACAGCAAUCAAGCAAUACCUAUGCAGAGGAUUUUGGCCUCUGUUGACAUUCAGCAUUUUUCUGCCUUGCAUUUCUUGUAUUCUUAAGAUGACAGCUGCUGAACAAGAAGAAGUUAAUUCAGGGGGAGACAUUUUGCUCCAGUGUCAUUUCCCCUGCUCCCAAAAUGUUCUUCUCAAAGAAAUGAUUAUUGAAUGGAUUUUUAGCAGCAAUACCACAUCACAUCUGGUUUAUUAUUAUAACCUGCGAACAAACAAUACUGAGAUAAACACCAUCUAUGAGGACCGACUGCAGGCAUUUCACAGAGACUCACCUUGUGGGAAUGCCUCGCUUCUGUUCCAUGAUGUCCAUCUUAAUGAUACCGGAACCUUCACCUGCCAUGUGUUCAUAAUGGAGAGGAAAAGUGCCUGCAAACUGCAUCUGACUGUGCUGGCAAGUGACCCUGGAAAGCCAGACACUGAAACUUCUACAACUGAGUCACUGGAGAAGCCAACUGAUCAACCCAGGAGGUACUGGUACUUCCUGGUAUUGGCAUUUGUCGUGAUGCUGAUUGCCAUUUGUAUGAUUUAUGUCACAGUUUACUACCUGAGGCGAAGACAUGCACACCAGUUACAAGUGAGGAAUGAAGAGGUGCUUCAGGAACUAGCGCUUUAGAGGGAGACAGGAUUCAAACUACCUGAAAAGGUGACAUAAAACUAUACACGGUACCUAUGAAACUAUAAAACUAUACAUGGCAACUACGAAAAUGCCCAGACUUGUCAUUUGACUGAUUUUUCAAGGAUUUACGAGAACUGCCAAAUGAAUUCCAGCUUUUCUGAAUGUGGACAUUGACAUUUAGAAAAUGUAUCAAUGGAGUGCUUCACUGGUCAUUUUCAAGUCUCUAAAUGGAAGUGAGCGAGAAGGGAGAAAGUGCUUCUGCACCAAAUUCAUAAACAGUUUGGUCAUGUGUUCUGAUUUCAUUAGAAUUAUGAACUCAUCUUCAACACAAUUCAUGUAAUAAGCCAUAACAUCUUUGUCGUCCCUUUGGUGCUCAAGCCCGGUGUUGCUUUUUCUUUUAGAUAUUUAUUUUGACAGCAUCCCAACUAACUAACUAAAAUAUUACAGUAAGUUAUAACUAAUUUAUAUCAUAAGCAGUUGUUCUUGGGUAGGAUGACAACAACAACAACAUUUAUUUAUAUACCACAUUUUCAUACAAAUAAUGUAGCUCAAAGUGCUUUACAUGAUGAAGAAAGAAUAAAGAAAAAUAAAUAAUAAUUAAAAUUAGGGAACACUAAUUAACAUAGAAUAAAAGUAAGGUCCGAUGGCCAGGGAGGACAAAAAAAAACAAAGAAACUCCAGACGCCUGGAGAAAAAAAAAACAAAAUCUGCAGAGGUUCCGAGGCCACGAGACCACCCAGCCCCCUCUAGGCAUUCUACCUAACAUUAAUGACCUCAAUCAGUCCUCAUUGUAUUCAGGGUUCUCAUGGAAGAACUUGAUGAUGACGGUCAUGUGGACUUCAUGUGGACUUCUGGUCUUUAAUCCAUCAGUGUAGGGAAAUCACGGUGCUUUGAUCAGUUGGUGGUGGUACAGGUCGCCACCACAGAAAACUGGAAAAAGAACAGAAGAGAAAGUAGGGAUUAGUACGGAUUACGGAGCCAUCAGGAAUAAUAAUAAUAAUUAAUUGAAUAUACAGAGCAUCAGGAUUAAACUAAGAUGAAGCUAUGAGAAGGCCAUGUUACAGUAAUGUGUUUUUAUCAGUUUUUUAAAGUGCUCCACUGUAUCAGCCUGGCAAAUUCCUAUUGGCAGGCUAUUCCAGAUUUUAGGUGCAUAACAGCAGAAGGCCGCCCGCCUCACCACUUCUUUUAAGUUUACCACCUGGGGUCCCCACACUUACCCAGCAGUACUCUGGUGUUAUGGCAGAUCCAUCCAUUUUCCAACCUGCUGAAUCCGAACACAGGGUCACGGGGGUCUGCUGGAGCCAAUACAGAGCACAAGAUCUAUUUUGUUUAAUUAUUUUAUGGACUUCAGAGUUUAAUUACAGUGUAUACACUAUUGGGCAAUGCAACACAUAGUACCACCGCUUAUGCAUGACAUAUCCCACCAUCCCAUCUAGAAAGAAGAACAAAAAAUGGAGUUAGUUGGAGACCCUGGAAUACGCAAAAUGUCAGCAGUGCAUCAGUAAGUUCAAUUCAAUUGCCAUCUGUGAUACGCACAACCUAUGCAAGUCAUAAUUUGAUAACAGCAGUGCUCCUUUCAGAUACAGUGGAACCUCGGUUCACGACCAUAAUCCGUUCCAAAACUCUGGUCGUAAACCGAUUUGGUUGUGAAACGAAGCAAUUUCUUCCAUAGGAUUGUAUGUAAAUACAAUUAAUCCGUUCCAGACCGUACGAACUGUAUGUAUAUGUAUGUGUGUAUAUAUAUAUAUUACUUUUUAAGCACAAAUAUAGUUAAUUAUACCAUAGAAUGCACAGCGUAAUGGUAAACUAAAUGUAAAAACAUUGAAUAACACUGAGAAAACCUUGAACAACAGAGAAAACUAACACUGCAAUAGUUCGCGCUAUAGUGCUAGGAACCGCUCGCUAAAAACACUUUUUUUAAUGAGUUUUAAGCACAGGGGAAAAAAUGAACAUUUGAAAAAUCCGUAAUUUAAUAAACCACCAAGAAAAGUAACAUUACAACAAUGCAGGCUACGAACCGAUCGCUGUAAAUGGAACUGAAAACAAAAACAAGCCUUCUCUACCUUAUGCGUCCCUCGCUCACUCGCUCGCUCUCUCUCGCUCCUGUGUGUGUGUGUGUGUGUGCGUCUCUCUUUUGCGAGCCUGGAGCGCCUGUGUGUGUGUCUCUCUAGCGCGCUCCUGUGUGUGUGUGUGCCUCUCUCUCCCGGGCCUGUGUGUGUGUGCGUGCGUCUCUCGUUUGCGAGCCUGGAGCGCCUGUGUGUGUGUCUCUCUAGAGCGCUCCUGUGUGUGCGCGGCUCUCUGUCUCGGGCUGCCGCUGUCUCGCUGCCUCUGUGUGUGUGUGUGUGUGUGUGUGUGUGUGUGUGUGUGUGUCACGCACUCUCUUGCUCGCUGCACAGGAAAUGCACAGGGAGAGACUGAAUAUGUACAAACCGAAAGGGAACCUGGCUUGUUCGUAUACCGAGUGUGUGGUCGUGAACCGAGGCAAAAGUUUGGCGAACUUUUUGGUCGUAAACCGAGUUGUACGUGUACCGAGCCAUUCGUGAACCGGGGUUCCACUGUAUGUCAUUUUAUGCAACUUCCAGUCGUGGGGGAGCGUCAGACCUGUUGACUACCUCAUCGCUGAUUUAAACAACUGAAAAUCACUGGGUAUGUCACAUUUGACAGCAGUGCUGACUUUGCAGCACGAUCGUGCUUGCCCCUUUUUUUUUUUUGUGACAGCCUAAUGGUACUGUAUAAAGGGUUAACAGGUAUGGUGAGUUCAGCUAUAACCGCGUCCUUUGUUUUUUUCUUUUUCCAUUUUGUUGUGGUAAGUAAAACGAGACAUCAAGCAGAUAAACAUCUGUUUGUGAGGUCCAAAACCCCAUGUCCUUUAUUCUGUGCCACUGCCUUCAAUGCAUUUUACUUCUGGAUGAACAUUCAUUGGCUGCGGUGGGUUGGCACCCUGCCCAGGAUUGGUUCCUGCCUUGUGCCCUGUGUUGGCUGGGAUUGGCUCCAGCAGACCCCCGUGACCCUGUGUUCGGAUUCAGUGGGUUGGAAAAUGGUUGGUUGGUUGGUUGAACAUUCAUUGGUUGUCAUGGGAAGGCAAGGCAAAUUGCAUCGUACUCUAUUGGUUACUCGGGCUUAGCCUGCCUAUUAGGCGACUGUAUCAUGCCUCUUUUUUGCUUUUUUGACCAUUUCUUUGUAUUUUGC